AUGGACGCGGGCAUCACUCGCAACUUCAAGCUCAAGUACAAGGCCCAAUUCGUGCAGUGGCUACUGGACAUGGUGACGGCAGGGACGGAGUACAAGAAGUUCGACAUUCUUAGCACAAUCCGUUUGGUGGUAAAAAUUGGGCUGAGGUGCGCCCUGAAACGAUUCGACACUGCUGUAUCCACACACGAAUCGUGUCGGGAGUUAUGGCGGCAGUGCUCCGUAAGCAAGACGAGUCGGUCCGUCCCAAUGAUCUCUCAAUCCUAA